CAACUCUGUAUACAGUUUAUUAAACAAAUGAAACAUCCCUCUACACAGCACACUUAUUUAUAUCCCUGGUACAUAUGAUCAGUGUGCAGCAGAGGUUGGACAGAAUUAACAGCCUGAUACAACUUCUUUCUCAUAUUCUCAGAUAAAGCAAAAUUCCUGCACUGGGGCAGAGCAAACUCCCAAACGACAGGAAAAUAUACAAAGUCCUCAUGACAAUCACUUUGCACAGGAAAUCAAACACAUCCGCAGACAUUUUAGCAGUCAGCACGAAGCUCCAAGCAACACAAUGCACUUUUUUUUGGGAGGUCAAAGCAAUUUUAAAUUCCCAGCCAGAAUUCUAGCACUAAAACAAGUGACUUGUACGACGUGUAGCAGCAGAAAUAAACUAAGCUCCAUUGCGUUCCUGCUUCCAAAUGACCACGCCAACCAUCGCCAGUAAUUGACAUGGCGGAUCAGACGACAUGCCCUCACACAAAAAUCAUAACAAUUCGGUAGUUUACAGUUGUUUUGAUAAUUAAUCCCCCCAUGCUUUCUUUAACACAGCUCCAAAGAUGUAUUCCCGCCGCCAAGUCUUAUUUCAGCAUGUCUGUAGGUUCUCAGAAAAAUUCUUUCAAGUCUACUAGCGACGUCAUUCAAAAAUCCCCGCCCACAUCGCUCCCUCCGCCGCGGACGCGUCCCUUCCUUCUCCUCCCUCUAUCUCUCGCCUGCUGCUUCCGCCGCUGCUAAAAAAUAGAGGAAGAAGAUACAUUAACCCGAAAGAAAAAAUAAUCCGAGUUUCAAUGCCGCGGGGUCGACCCCCCAAAACACGGGGAGGAUCUGAGCCAGAACCCAGUUGCUUACCAUCGCUGGACAGUGCCUCCAGGUCUUUACCGCACCCCAAAACCAGACGUCACGGCUGCAGCAGCUAGAAGGGAUGUUUGAGGCUGAAACUGAUGGGGUUUUAACGCCAAACGAUGAGAAUAAUUCUUAUGCCUACCAUGGACCAACCCACAAGUGUAAUAUCUGUUUGCUCUCCUUUCCUAAAGAAACUCAGUACCAGCGACACAUGCGGGACCAUGAGAAGAAUGAUAAGCCUUAUCGAUGUGACCAGUGCCCAAUGUCCUAUAAUAUUGACUUUAAUCUGACACUUCAUAAAGCUACACAUAAUGUGGAUGACCCUACGUGCCCAGCAUGCAGCAAGAAAUUUUCUCGAGUUGCAAGUCUCAAAGCUCAUAUAAUGCUACAUGAGAAAGAGGAGACUCUUAUCUGCUCGGAAUGUGGGGAUGAAUUCACCCUGCCAAAUCAUUUGUCCCUUCAUAUGGAAGAGCACAGGCAAGAGAUGGCAGGAAACAAAACCUACAGUUGCAAGUCAUGCAAGAAAACAUUUGACUCUACACCACAACUUAAAGAGCAUAUGAAAACACACUUCAAGAUUAGGGUUGCAAAUACUAGAUCUUACAAUCGAAACAUAGACAGAAGUGGAUUUUCCUACUCAUGUCCCCACUGUGGUAAAACAUUUCAGAAGCCAAGCCAGUUAACCCGUCACAUUAGGAUACACACAGGUGAAAGGCCCUUCAAAUGCAACCUCUGUGGCAAAGCUUUUAAUCAGAAGGGGGCACUAGCAACCCAUAUGGUGAAGCACACAGGUGAAAAGCCCCAUGCUUGUGCUUUUUGUCCAGCAGCAUUUUCUCAGAAAGGAAAUCUUCAGUCUCACAUACAGAGAGUUCACUCAGAGGUUAAGAAUGGCGCCACGUAUCACUGCACUGACUGUAGCUGCAUUUUUAAAAGCCUCGGCAGCCUCAAUACGCAUAUAAGUAAGAUGCAUGUGGUAGGAUCCCAAACAACAUCAGCUCCAACUGGAGGAACAUCCGCUGUAACUACGGACACAUCACAAUCCCAGCCUCUGUCGGACUCUAGCCUCCUACAGCAGACAUCAGAUGAUAAGUGGAAAAACGUAACAAUUUUUCAAGCAGUGCCAGCUCAGACAGACUCCACAGACUGUUCUGCUCCAGGACAACAAGGACCUCAGCAACCAGCUGUUACUGAUGUUAUCCAGCAGCUCUUAGAGCUGUCAGAACCUGUGCCUGUAGAAAAUACCCAAAAUUCACAAUCUGAGCAGCAACUUAAUAUCUCGGUGGGAAUCAACAGAGAUAUUUUACAGCAAGCCUUAGAAAACAGUGGACUCUCAUCAAUCCCAGUUGCACCACUUCCUAGUGACACCAGCCAGGCCAAGGCAACUGUUCAAGAAAUUGAAUGUCUUUCAACUCAGCAAAUGGACUGUAAUGACCAAGAGCAUGAAGUAGAGCAUGAAGAGCAAGAUAAAGCUGACAAGACAGAAAAAAGGAUAAUAAAGAAGAAAUCUGCCUUUUCAGCAGGCUCUGUCCGUGAGGAAAGUGGCAUCCGCUGGCACAUUUGUACAUAUUGUAACAAGGAGUUUAAGAAACCCAGUGAUCUUGUUCGUCACAUUCGUAUUCAUACUCAUGAGAAGCCUUUCAAGUGUCUGCAAUGCUUCAGAGCCUUCGCUGUAAAAAGCACACUUACCGCUCACAUAAAGACACAUUCUGGCAUAAAAGCAUUUAAGUGCGACUUCUGCAUGAAGUGUUUUUCCACCUCUGGAAGCUUGAAAGUUCACAUCCGAUUGCACACGGGUGUCCGACCAUUUGCUUGUCCACAUUGUGACAAAAAGUUUCGUACUUCAGGACAUAGGAAGACACAUAUUGCCUCCCACUUUAAACAGUGUGAACUUAGAAAGUUACGACAACAGCGAAAGCCUGGCAAAGUUCGUGUUGGAAAGAGCAAUGUUCCAGUCUCAGAGAUUCCAUUGCAAGAACCAAUUCUUAUCACAGACCUUGGUCUUAUUCAGCCGAUUCCUCGGAAUAGCCAAUUCUUCCAGAGCUAUUUCAUUAACAGCUAUACCCAUGAAGUUGACAGACCAUAUAAGUGCUAUUACUGCCACCGAGCUUAUAAGAAGUCCUGUCACCUUAAACAACACAUAAGAUCCCAUACCGGUGAAAAGCCAUUUAAGUGUACACAAUGUGGAAGAGGUUUUGCAUCGUCUGGUGUUCUUAAAGCUCAUAUCCGAACACACACUGGAUUAAGAGAUUACAAGUGUCUUGUAUGUAAUGGAGCCUUCACCACAGGUGGAAGUCUUCGUCGCCACAUGUGUAUUCAUAAUGAUUUACGACCUUAUAUGUGUCCAUAUUGUCAGAAAACCUUUAAAACUUCUCUAAACUGCAAAAAACAUAUGAAAACCCACAGAUAUGAAGUUGCCAGUCAGCUCCAUCAGCACCAGCCAGCAGCUUCAGAAGAAACACCAGCAGAUCAGAUACAUGUUUCUAAUCAGAUACAAGUGGAAAUGGCAGGAGAUGGACUGCAUCAAUCAAGCAGUGUUGCCAGACAACCAGAAGCUAUUUUACAGCUGAGCCCGCAGCCAGUUUUGGACACUGUCUCAUCUGCUUUGGGGCAGACUUUGACUGAGCAGACCUUAGAGACUGAUGAAGACAGAUUUGUUACUUCCCAGCAUGCCUUACAGGAAAACAUCAACCAGUACGAGCCUACAGAAUUGCCGCCACAAUCAUAUGAUCAGCAAGGACUUUCACAAGGCUUUACUGUGACCGAUGGCUUUAGCCAGCAAGCCCAGUUUUCAGCUGUGCAGCAGCUACAGGAUUCUAGCACCUUGGAGUCUCAGGCUCUUUCCACCAGUUUCCAACAGCCCACUCUUCUUGAAGUGCCUACUGCAGACACCAUUAAUGUUACUGCUCGCUUAAUUCAAGAAGGCACACAUGAGGAAAUUGAACUGCAGACCCAGAGUGGACCAUUUUUGGAAUCCACAGAGGAUAGAAGCAGACGCGCUUACAGAUGUGAAUAUUGCAAUAAAGGUUUCAAAAAGUCCAGCCAUCUUAAGCAGCACAUUCGCUCGCAUACUGGGGAGAAGCCAUAUAAAUGUGCAAUGUGUGGCAGAGGCUUUGUUUCAUCAGGGGUCCUUAAGUCACAUGAGAAGACUCAUACAGGAGUUAAAGCAUUCACCUGCAACAUUUGCAAUGCAGCCUUUACUACAAAUGGAAGCCUGACACGUCAUAUGUCAACGCACAUAAGUAUGAAACCCUACAAAUGCCCUUUCUGUGAUGAAACCUUUAGAACAACUGUACACUGCAAAAAGCACAUGAAGAAGCAUCAGAAUAUUGGUCCUGCUCUUGUUCCUGACACUGAUGUGGCUUCAAAUGAGGAAGGAGUUAUGGGUUUAGAGACGGAAGAUGAAAGCGCAGAAAGAUCAGCCUCACGCAAGUCUCGUCAUGGAGUCAUAACAUUUACCGAAGAGGAAACGGCAGAACUUGCAAAGAUUCGACCCAGAGACGGAGCCACGAUAUCUGAAAAGGUGCUGGUCCAGUCUGCAGCAGAGAAAGACAGAAUAAGUGAGAUCAAAGAUAAACAAGCUGAAAUGGAAACAGAACCUAAAUUUGCCAACUGUUGCAAUUUCUGUCCAAAAAGCUUUAAAAAGCCAAGUGAUUUAAUCAGGCAUAUCCGCAUCCAUACGGGUGAAAAACCUUUCAAAUGUGAUGAAUGUGGAAAGAGUUUCACCGUCAAAUCAACUCUGGAUUCUCACGUGAAAACACAUGCAGGGCAAAAACUGUUUGGCUGUCAUGUCUGCAGCAAUUCUUUUUCAACCAAGGGAAGCCUGAAAGUUCACAUGCGUCUGCAUACAGGUGCAAAACCAUUCAAGUGCCCUCACUGUGAUAUGCGCUUCCGAACGUCUGGCCGCAGGAAAACUCAUAUUCAAUGUCAUUACAAAGCCGAUGCCAAAAAAAUGAGGAAGCAUGUUGUACGCAGGCAUCUUUCUCAAGUUGUUGCACCCCCAUCAAGUGCCACAACUACAACAACUGACUCACUGCAGCCGAUAAACCUGCUUAACACGUCAGCCACAGACCCCAGUGUCUUCAUCACUAAUAGUUCUGUUCUAUCAAGCCAGUUUGAUCAAAGCCUGCUUCAGCAGGGACUCGUUGGGCAAGCAAUUCUCCCGGCUUCUGUAUCAGCUGGUGGGGAUUUAACAGUAUCUCUCUCAGAUGGUAGCUUGGCCACACUGGAAGGAAUUCAGUUACAGCUCGAUGCCAACCUUGUUGGACAGAAUGUUCAGAUUUCUGGCAUUGAUGCUACAAGCAUAAACAACAUAACACUACAGAUCGAUCCCAGCCUUUUGCAGCAAACUCUUCAGCACACCAGUAUAAUUCCCCAGCAGAUUCCUGGAGUUCCCAAUAUAGCCCAGCCAACCAGCAGCUUGCAGACCAGUGACAACUCUGUACCACCUAAUGUUGUAAUUCAGCCUAUAGCAAGCCUGUCUCUACAGCCUGCCACAUCCUCAUCUUCCAGACUGACAAUAGGACCUAUGGCUGAGCAGGAGUCAGUGUUAAGCUCCAGCAAUACAUCUGGCCAAGAUCUUUCUCAUGUGAUGGCUUCCCAAGGCUUGGUGCCUCAAUCUAAUGGACAACAUGAGAUCACACUGACCAUUAAUAACUCUAGUCUGAGCCACGUGCUGGCUCAUGCUACAGGUUCUACGCCUACAACUUCCACAGGAUCACCGCAAGAAAUAACACUUACAAUAUCUGGUCAAGAUAUCAUGCAGCUUGGACCUUCAGGAAACAAUGAUCUGAAUGGGAAUCUGAGACUAAACACACCAGCAAUUACAAAUCCGGCACCCGAGACCUCUUUAUCAUUAAGCAAUGAUCAAAUACUGUCACAAGCCAAUACUCUGACAACUACCUCAGAAUUAACAACAUCAUCUGGCAGCCUUCCCUGCACAACAUCAAUAUCACAAACCCCUGUUUCUACUCAGAAUUUAGUCAUGUCUUCUGGAAUGGGAGGUGACGGUAGUGUCACGCUAACACUAACGGACACACAGAGCAUGCUGUCUGGAGGUCUCGAUGCUGUGACUCUCAAUAUCACCUCGCAGGCUCAGCAGUUCCCUGGAAUCCUUUCUGAUAGUAGUUUGUCUGGACCAAAUGGAGCAGGCCCCCAGCAGGUCAUUUUGGUGAGCCAUGCGGCACAGCCAUCAAGCGCCAGUGAGCUUGGUUACCAGGUUACUGGUGAUGCACAAAUUGAAAAUAACAACCAAGCUGAUAAGGAAGGGAGACUUCAUCAGUGUUUUGAAUGCAAUCAUUGCUUUCCGUCAGCUGCCAUUCUGGCAGAGCACAACAAAGAAGCUCAUGGCAAGGAGCGGAUUCACGUUUGCCACCUCUGCAAUAAAGCCUUUAAAAGAGCAUCUCACCUAAAGGAGCACACGCAGACACACCAGCCUGGUCCAUCACGAAGUUCGCAGAUGCCAAAAUUAUUUAAAUGUGAUACAUGUGACAAGGCAUUUGCUAAGCCAAGUCAACUGGAAAGGCAUAGUCGCAUUCAUACAGGAGAACGUCCAUUCCAGUGCACAUUAUGCGAAAAAGCAUUUAACCAGAAAAGUGCGCUGCAGGUGCACAUGAAGAAGCACACGGGUGAGAAGCCGUACAAAUGUGACUAUUGCUCCAUGACCUUCACCCAGAAAUGCAAUAUGAAACUGCAUAUGAAGCGCACCCAUGCCUAUCCUGAUCUGAUAGACGAAGUCUCUCUGCACCAAGAGGAAGAGGAAGAAGGUGAAGAAGAUAUCCGGCAAGCUCUUGACCUGGAAGAGGUUGUUCAGGAAUCAUCAGGGGACUGGCAGUGUGGCAUAACAAAUGUUUUCCGGUGACUUUGUUCAACAACAAAAGUAUGCAGGACAAAACAAACACACACAACUCUUCAGUGUCUAAUGCCAAUGCGUUUUUAGAAAAUUUUCCUACUGGAUAGAACUGGUGAUGUUUUACUGGAACCCAUAGCAGUUCAUCACUAAAGGAUUCAAUUUCUGAGACAUUUUCAUAUAAGCGCUAAACACUUUAAAGUUCAACUCAGGUAACCUUUGACAGACCUUAUUUUCAAGUACUUUUGUGUUGUUUAUAAAUGCUUAUCAGAUCUUGUCAUUUGGGCAUGGAAUUGAGAUAAUCCGUGGACCUUUCUAUUUUCUGAACCUGAAGUGUAAAGCAGAUUCCACGCAUGCAGUUGAUUCUCUCCCUCUUUUACAGACAGUUUACCUGUGCAUCAGCAUUACUGACCAUCUUUACUUUAUUUGCUUUAGCCAGAAGUGUGAAAAAAGACUAAAAACUGUGCUACUUUGUUCCGUGGCAUUUUUUGUUUUAUGCUGGUUAAUAUACCGGGAAGUUCAAAGCUGAUUAAAGUGGCUGGGCCACUUUAGUGUAUGAAUAAGUAAAGCUGGAGUCCAGAGUUAGUCUUGGAUGUCUGAGACGUCACACAGCUAUUUUAUUUAAUAAAGUUUUGUUUAUUUGUUUUCCUCCUUUGUGUUAUAAAAAUAUGUUUUAUGCAUUUUUUUGUAGA